UAAAAGAGAGCAGUGAAGCAGUGAACGGUGGCCCAUUUCCUUUUUCAUCGUAAAAGCCUCAAUCGAAUCUUGUCCCACCACCACUCUCUCCUUCCUCUUCUCUCCACUCUCCAUUCCAGCAGCUUAACCAGGCCCUGAGAACCACAAUGAGUCUGGCAUGUCUUGUGUGCCAUAGUGUGGAAAACCCAUCACCAUCACACUCUUUUCGAAGUUCUGUUUCAAAUUCAGAAAAUGAAGGAAGAUGCUAUGCUAUUGCCAACUGUUUAACAAGGAAAUUAUCUCUUCCACCCCCAACAAUGCACUCUUUUCAUCCACCAUCAUCAUCCAAAGUUACCCCACAACCUAUUUCCGGUGACAACGAGGUACCUGGUACUCCAAGGCUGGUACGAAGCCGUGCUGUCAGAAGGGACAUUGUACAAGACUGGAAUUUUGAUGAAGUUGUGAUGGCUUAGACAACAACAUAUGGUAGAAGAAGAAUAGAAGACCAAUGUUGUGUUUGGUAAUUGUGACAAGAUAAAAAUACAGAGAUAGAGAGAUGCACUGUCCUGUAUUUAUGUCACCAACUCCAAAUGUGUCUCUAUCUCUGUAUUUGUAUCCUUUCUCACCUACCAAACACAUCCUAAAGGACUUGUGGGAUUGGUUGGGAGUAGUUUCCUAUGGGAUAGUUGAUAGUUCAGACUUCAGACCAUGAUAAUGCUGUCUUGCCACUUCAAAUUUUGUUACGGGUUCAUUCUAUUGAACUCACCUUCCACUUUCCUUGUAAAAGCUACGCCAUUUGUGACUAUAUCAAGAAAUUUUGAUGCAA